AUGAACACUCAAAAGGUGCAGAAAAAUCCGUGUGAUAUGAAAACAGAUCUGAACUUACUGCUUGAAUGCCUUAAAUAUCAGAUGGACUGCCCUCUGUCUCAGAAAGAGGCUUUGAUCACUAUCUAUUCCAUUUGCCAACAAAACAGUGAAGCAAGCGAAUACUUUCGAGAAAUUGGUGGUUUGAUGUUUAUAAAUGACCUUGCCAAGUCGAGUGUUCAUUGCAUCGUAAAGGAAGCAGCUUUAUUUACAUUGGGGGUUAUUAUAGAGAGUAAUGUAUAUUGUCAACAGACUUUGUGUACUUCCGCAUUAUUUGAAGACCUCAUUUUGUUUUUAAUUACAAAGGAUUCUGGUGUGAACUUGAAAAGAAUGUCUGUUUAUGUCAUCUUAGUACUGGUUUCAAAUAAUAAAAAUGGGCAAACCUAUGUCAGAGAUACAGGCUGCAUCAGCCUGUUGCUGCAGUUAUUCAGAACAACUCUCUCCACCUCUGAGAAGAAUGUGUCAGAUGAAAACACGGAUCCCUGCUAUCAGCUCUGGUCCUCAGUGUGCAGCACUCUCUGUGCCUGUGUCAACAACCCCCAGAAUGAAGAUAAUCAAAACAUUUGCUGUUCAGUUUUUCCCUAUGCCAAAGAGUGGCUGGAGAGCUGCACAGAGCCUGGGAUAGUUCGUCCCAUUUGUUCAUUUCUUGGUCUCACAGUUGCAAAUAACCCAUAUGUGCAGAAAUAUUUUGUUUCUAUUGGAGGAUUGGAUACAUUAGCCAAAGUUCUUCUUGAGCUUCUGCGUGAUUCCUGUUUGAGUCUCUCCAGCAUGAAACUUGCAGUGGUAGUAACAAAGACAAUGGAUGCCUGCAUUGCUAAUAACUCUGCUAUGGGUGUUGUCUUGGCAAAGUAUCACACUGUGUCAGAGCUGCUGAAGCUGCUGUCCAAUGAGACACUGAGCACAGAAGAAAAAGUCAGUAUUAUUCUAACAAUUGGACACUGUACUGAAGUUUGUGAAGAAAACCAGUGUGAGCUGCUUCAGAACAAUGGUCUGCCACUUAUGAUUCAGGUAUUGACAGAAUCUCAGGACGAGGAACUCAUAAAAACUGCUACUUUUGUGCUGCAGAACUGCAAACAAAUGACUGAACAGCUGUCUCUGAAAUUAUAUGAUAACUCAUUAACUGUGAACAGUGCAGAAGAAUUGGAUGUGCAAGUCAGAAAAAGUUGUCUACAAGACUACUGGAAGAAAGCAAAAGAAAUUUUACACAGAAUAAAUUCCUUUGAAAAAGAGCAUGAUGAGAAAGGAGUGCAAGGAGAAACAUUUGUAGACAAAUCUUCAGUAGCCAAUUCAGAAGUAUUAAAAUCCCAUGGAGUGAAUCCUGCUGAUCCAAAGAAGUACACAAAAAGAACACAGAAAGAUGUCUGUUGUCCACAGUUGACCUCAAAGUUGAAUAAUGAGGUUCUUGCUCCAUCUCUAACUUCUGCUCCACAAAAAAAUGAAACAGGGAACACUAUGGAUGCAGCUUCUACCAGACAAACUGAACAGAGGAACAUUCCAUGUCCAGUCACUGACCUGCAAACAGACAGUGUACCUAAAAGUCACAGUAUAAAUGGAGAAACUGCUUGUGGAAAAAAUCAGUCUGGUCUUCAGGCAGGUGAGCAGUUAUGUAAACAACCAGCAGAGACUGUUAGAAAUAUGAAACAGACAUGCACAUCAGAUCAGCAUUUAUUCAGCUCAGAGAAAACUGAGAGUGUCAAAAGUAUUUCAGCAACAUCUUCAUCCCAUAAAAUGGCAGAUUUAAGGUGUUCAGGUUGCACAGCAGGACUGUCCUUGAACAGUAAAACCUUCACCAAGAUGUUGCAGAGUUGCCUGCACAGGUGUGAGCAGCACAGAGUCAUCCUGGAGGCUGAAGAAAGAUACCGAGGGGAGCUCCGCAAGAUAGCUGCUGCUAACAGCACCACAUCUGCAGCUCACCAGAGUAUCCUUUUGACUCCAAAUAGAAAAGACAAAUCUAAUAUUUCAAAGAGAGAUGAACAUAGUAGAAAUAUGAGGUGGACUAGCAACUAUAACUUGACACCUGUAUAUGAAAAGUCUUUACGAAAAACCCAAGAUGCUAACAUGAAGAGACAGAGAGACAAAGAGAUGUGCAGCCAGAAAUGUCAGAACUUAAAAGAAAACUGCACACAUUCACUUGACAAAGAUGAGGGCAAUGAAAUGUGUUCCCUGGCCAUGAGCAUGACACCUUUGAAAAAGAGAAGAGCCCGAAAAGAUUUCACAACUGAAGAAAUCAACUGCCUUUUGAAAGGAGUACAAAAAAUGGGCAACCACUGGAAUUUGAUUUUGUGGUCUUACCCUUUCCAGAAAGGACGGACAAGUGUUGAUCUUUCCAAGAAGUACUACAGGUUACAGAUGCAGGUACUCACCACUGAAUUUUCUACUGAUGGCAAAUGCUGUGAGCUCAGUUUUCAUUGUUAG